CUCAGGAGCUGAUCACUGAAACUUCGAGGGAAAGAAAAAUAAACUCCAAAUCUCUCCGAUGACAUCUUCUCUAUCGCCACCGGAGGUUCCCAAUGAGCUUUACGUAGUCAACCGCGAGAAGCUCAUCAAAUCUCUGCGAGCCCAUCUAUCGUCUUCCUCGCGUCCCCAUCAAGGCUUCGUCUUCUUGCAGGGGGGUGAGGAGCAAAGUCGAUACUGCACUGAUCAUGAUGAUCUGUUCAGACAGGAGAGCUAUUUUGCCUACCUGUUUGGGGUAAAAGAGCCUGGAUUCUAUGGAGCUAUUGAUGUAGCAACUGGGGAUUCAAUGCUCUUUGCACCUAGAUUACCAGAUUCCUAUGCAGUUUGGUUGGGAAAAAUAAAACCUCUAUCCCACUUCAAGGAAAAAUAUAGGGUCAAUAAGGUCUUUUAUACCGAUGAAAUUGUACAUGUGUUGCUUGAUCUCUAUAAAGAAAAGGGAAAUCCCUUAUUGUUUCUUCUGCAUGGACUGAACACCGACAGCAAUAAAUUGUCCAAACCCGCUGAUUUCCAGGGUAUUGACAGAUUUAAGAUAGAUAUGAACACAUUACAUCCUAUUUUAGCCGAAUGUCGUGUUAUAAAGUCAGAUUUGGAGCUUGCUCUCAUCCAGUUUGCCAAUGAUAUAAGCUCUGAAGCUCAUAUUGAGGUUAUGAAGAAUAUAAAAGUGGGUAUGAAAGAGUAUCAAUUAGAGAGCAUGUUUCUUCAUCAUACAUACUUUUUUGGUGGUUGCAGACAUUGUUCAUAUACAUGUAUUUGUGCUACCGGUGAAAAUAGUUCUGUUCUCCAUUAUGGGCAUGCAGCAGCUCCAAAUGACAAGAUACUGCAAGAUGGAGAUAUGGCCCUGCUUGAUAUGGGAGCUGAGUACCACUUCUAUGCUUCAGAUAUAACUUGUUCCUAUCCUGUGAAUGGGAAAUUCACUCCUGACCAAGCUCUCAUUUAUAAUGCUGUCCUUGAUGCUCAUGAUGCUGUUAUAUCUACUUUGAAACCUGGAAUUUGUUGGGUUGACAUGCACAAGUUAGCAGAAAAAGUAAUAUUAGAGUCAUUGAAGAAAGGGAACCUAUUAGAGGGUGAUGUUGAGACAAUGAUGGGUGAGAGAUUGGGUGCUGUGUUUAUGCCUCAUGGUCUGGGCCACUUCCUUGGUAUUGAUACUCACGAUGUUGGGGGUUACUUGAAGGGAGCAGAGAGACCCAAAGAACCAGGAUUGAAUUCUCUACGUACCAGCAGGGAACUCUCCGAGGGAAUGGUGAUAACAGUGGAACCUGGAUGCUACUUCAUUGAGGCAUUACUACUCCCUGCAAUGGAAUCCUCAAAAACAUCCAAGUUUUUCAAACACGAGGAGAUCAACAGAUUCAGAGGAUCCGGUGGUGUUAGAAUUGAGAGUGAUGUGCGGAUUACCGCGAAUGGGUGCAUAAACAUGACCAAGUGCCCUCGAAAGAUUGAAGACAUUGAAGCUGUGAUGGCAGGCGCUCCGUGGACUAUCGAUUAAGCAUGAAACAUUACUCGUGUAGAGUUGUCGUUGUUGGUCACAGCCAAUUGGUUUGGUUGUGUUAUUUACUUCAUUUAGACCGGUUGCUGGAGGAUGGUAACUACUAACUAGUGUAUUUUAGUGGCUAUUUUUUUUAGUUUUUUUUUUUUAAAAAAACUUGGAGUGGAGUAAAGGUUUGAAUUUCUU